AUGCCUCUCUCUCUCCGUCUCGCUCCCUCUCCGACGGCUUUAGCUCCGAGCACGGGCGGGUUUGGUCCAGUAAGGAAGCAGUGCCGGAUCCCUUACUCCGGCGCCGCCUCGACGAGGAUUGGUUUCAGCUCAUUGGAAUCUGGGAAAAGAGGGGAUUCCUAUGCGGUGAGGUGUAGCUUAGAAACCGUGAAUGUCAGUGUUGGCCAAGUGACGGAAGUGGAUAAGGACACCUUCUGGCCCAUCGUUAAAGCCGCCGGUGAAAAGAUUGUCGUGCUUGACAUGUACACUCAAUGGUGUGGUCCAUGUAAAGUGAUUGCCCCUAAAUACAAAGCUUUAUCAGAGAAGUACGACGACGUAGUGUUUCUAAAGCUUGACUGCAACCCAGAUAACCGGCCAUUGGCAAAGGAGCUAGGAAUAAGAGUGGUUCCGACUUUCAAAAUCUUGAAGGAUAAUAAAGUCGUCAAGGAAGUGACCGGUGCCAAAUAUGAUGAUCUGGUUGCAGCCAUUGAAACAGCGAGGUCUGUUGGUUCGGGAUGA